AUGAGCAAAGAAACUGGAAAAAUGGCGGAAGAGCCACCUGGCUCCAGCUCCUCCGCAAAACCGGUGACGUCAUCCAAAAAACCACCGCCGAAUGACGUCACGACGACUACAAAUACUACAAAGACUACAAACUCGAACCAACAAGAAGACAUGUAUCUGAAUGGAAAUAACCCGUAUUAUGGAGGAUUCUACGCGAAUAAUCGAUAUCUGUUCCCCUCAACAUCUUCACAAGCGACGUGCAUUGGCACGUCUUCAGAAGACAGUCCGCCACCACCACCACCAUCAGCAAAUGGAUCUAUUCAUCGAAAGCAUCAUCAGAAUGCGAACCAUCAUCAAAACUCGCGGCACGCGAUCAGUGAUACGGUGGCGGUGGCCGGCGACGAUUUGAGUAAUGUGCCGGCGGCGGUUGUUAUACAAUUAGAAAAAGCGAAUCGAACAAUCGCAUCUCAAACUCUCGAAAUCGAACGUCUAAAAUCAUAUCAAAACCAGAAUCUGGAAACCCAUCUCCUCAAGAAACAAAUCCACGAUCUCGAAAAAGAGGUCAGAAGUGGGCGGAGUCGAUUUUUGGAGCAACAAGAGCUUUUGGCGGAAAUGUCCCGGGAAAUGGACAUUUUGCUGCGAGAAAAGCUCGAAAUGCAGCGGAAUUCUCAGGAACUCGAGAAAAAGUACAAAAAAGCAAAGUUUGCGAGCCGCGAGCUUGCGAAAAUCCUAGAAAAUGACCUGUGCGGCACACCGACCACCUCAAAUCUCAAAAAUUUCGAGUCAGACGACGAGUUUUUUGAGGAAAAAUCUCUAUUUGAGAAGUCGCGAGCACUCUCCAGACAACAAAUUCCCAAUGAUUUGUUGGAAAAAACGCGGAAAAUCGAUUUUUCCGAAGCUAAAAAUGCUAAAAAUCAAGAUCUAAUCGAUAAGCUCAUUGACGAAAACGAAAAUCUUCAAAUUUCCCUGAAUCGAGAGCAAAAAAUGACGUCAUCACUGCAAGAUGACCUGGAAAAGAGCCGACGGAUGGUUAUUGAUCGGGAUGAGCACAUUGAGGAGCUUAAGAUGAAACUUGGGAAGGCUGAAACGAAAGCUUCUCAGUGUGAGUCGGAUCUGACUCAGACGAGCUCGGAUUUGGCGAUGGAACGGUUGAGAUGUGAAGUGCUGACUGGGGAGCUUCACGAAAUUGAUGGGAUUUUUAGAAAUACCCAAUCCACGAUUCAAGCCUAUGCCGACGAUAAUGAUAGGCUUGAAGAUCAAUGUCGACAGGCUCAGCGGACCAUUUUGACGUUAAAUUCAAAAUUGUGAGUUUUUUUUUUGAAAAAAAUUUCGAAAAAUUUUCAAAAAAAAAAUUCCAAAAAUUUUUUUUUUUUCCAAAAAAUUGUUCUCAUUCAGAAAUGACUGUCCUCUGUGCUGUCCGUGUGAGUUUUAUAUGUGUUCGUAGACAAAAUAGAUGAGCUUUACUAAUUCCAUAAUAGCUGCGCCAAAAAAUCAACACCCCACAAAAUUAUCGAUUUUUUCUUGCAGAGAGGCUCAAGGCAUCGAUCUCGUCACCACAAAACGCACGUUACGGGCUCUUCGCGAGACCAAUGAAGCAAGAUCUGGACCAUUUUAAUGGUUUUUCUCGAAGAAAAAUCAAUCGAUAAUCAAUUCCCUGAUCUCUUUCAAUUUUGUUCUUGUGCUCAUUUUAUCGAUUUUUUUGGAUAAAAAUCGAUAUUUCCUUGGAAUAUCAAUCGUUUUUGAGUGAAAAAUAAAUUAUUCUGUUUUUUU